UGGUUCGCGCUGCUUUUGUUGACGUUCUUGGCUGAAUCCUUUUCCGUUUAGCAGAGACAGCCAGCCAGAUGAUGGCCAUUGGAACUGGAAGUACUGGCGCUUGGACGGAUUGAAAAGUCACUGUUUGGGCCCACCUAAUCAUAACCGUACCGUAAAGCAAACGGGACACAUCGUCCCGACUGGCUCUCGGCGUGGCGUGACACGUUCUUGGGGGAGUCUCGUAGAUUUCGAAUGGUGUUUCGGUUCGAAAAACGCAUUCGGUCGUGCUAACACGUGGGUUUCUUGUUUUGCUGUUCGGAAUCAGUGUUAACGGACAUGUUUCAAUCGUUUGCGUGAUUUUAUUUGAUUCAAGUGAUGAAAAAUAGAUAAUUUAUAAUAUAAUAUCAGUUGUGUAUCUGUCUCAGCAAUUGUUUUAAAUUUACGAUUAUUGAGUCCAGUGAACGGUUGCGCAUAAAAAAUUCUUGAAAAGAUGUUCAGGCUGGAUUCGUCGCUUUUAAAUUUCCGGCUAUUUUUGGCAGUCAUUUUUCUUUGCAUCCUUUCGUCGGAGGAGAUAUCGCCGGUUUCGGGCUAUUCGGUGAAGGCGGGCCACGUGCAGCCGCAUAACACCCUGGAAAAUGGACUUCUGAUAGCGGCCAACGUGUCGAUCGGGCAUCUGCGGAAGCACAAGUAUUUCUACUACAUUCCAAGAAGUAACAAUGCUCCUCACAAUCGCAAACAACGAAAUUCAUCGUCCUACCCAAGCGGCCUCAAUUUUCCCAUCGAAUACAACAUUGCUCCCUCAGAGCAACAGCAGGAUAGCAGCAAGUCCUUCCAGCCGACGGGACUCCGGCGAUUGCGCCAUAUUCCCAAGUCCUCAUCUGCAGUCACUGGAGAUGGAGUACAACAAAGUGCAUCUUCAGCAUCGUUGGAUGAUGCUUAUCAACCGUUAGAAUCGGCCAUUUCAAAGCCUCAAAAAAUCCAACGAUACUACAUCUACAGCACCGCGCCAAGGCGUCGAAAUCUUCCAACUUCCGUAAACGAUUUUAUGGAAAAUAAAUCACAACGACCUAAUCGAGUUGCAGCCACAGCCUGGAAUGUUUCGAGACACCAUUUUCAGAACCAAAAUGAUGAUGAUUUCAACAACCAAGCCCAAGAUGAUGGUGGUAGCUUUGAGAGACGUGUCAAGAAACGCAGCGCCGCCGACGAUAUGUUGAGCAAAAACAUCACCUUGAUAUUGGAAAAUCUACUGAAGAGCUAUGAAAAUUCCCAAAUGCCAACCCACGAGCAAGGCAUUCCAACUGUCGUCAAAACGAACAUCCUCAUCCGGAGCAUGGGACCGGUGUCGGAACUGGACAUGGACUAUUCGAUGGAUUGCUACUUCCGGCAGUAUUGGCAGGACAAACGAUUGAGCUUCCGAGGGCCGAUCAAAUCCCUCUCGCUGAGCAUCAAAAUGCUGGAACGAAUCUGGCGCCCGGACACCUAUUUCUACAACGGAAAACACUCGCACGUCCACACGAUCACCGUUCCGAACAAACUCCUCCGUUUGACCCAGGACGGCGAAAUCCUGUACUCGAUGCGUCUCACCAUCAAAGCGUCCUGCCUGAUGCAACUUCGCAGCUUCCCGAUGGACCGCCAGUCUUGUCCCCUGGUUCUGGGAAGUUAUGCCUAUUCCCGGCAACAGUUAGUCUACCAGUGGAAGGACGACGACUCGGUCAACUUUGUCCCCGGCAUGACCCUGAGUCAGUUCGAUCUGAUCAGCUUCCACCAGAAGAAUUACACGUUUGUUCGGCGCGAGGGAGAAUUCACGGUGCUGCACGUGUCGUUCAAUCUCCAGCGGCACACCGGGUACUUCCUGAUCCAGGUGUACGUGCCGUGUAUUCUGAUCGUGGUGCUAUCGUGGGUGUCGUUCUGGAUCCACCGGGAAGCUACGAGUGAUCGAGUGGGUCUGGGAAUAACGACGGUGCUGACGUUAUCGACCAUCAGCCUGGACUCGAGGACCGAUUUGCCGAAGGUGCGGUAUGCGACGGCCCUCGAUUGGUUUCUGCUGAUGAGCUUUUUCUAUUGCAUCGCCACGUUGCUGGAGUUCGCCGGGGUGCACUAUUUCACUAAGGUCGGCAGCGGCGAGAUUCCCUUGGAUGAGGAUGAAUGGGAAGACAUUGACAAUGUAAUCGAGAUCGGAACCAUGGGCGGAGUUGGAGGAGGAGCAGGAGGAAUGGCAGGAGUGAUGCGAUCACGUACGGCCUCAAUCCACGACUCGCCGCAAAGGCUUCUAGCGGCCCGGCGUCGAAGUUCGCUUAUCUGCCCGAUCUACAACGAUCCGCAGCACAUGUUCAAGGCGACGACCUCACAUCUCUCGACGAUGGAACGAACGACCCAGACGGAACCACCGAAGGAACCCCGCUGGAAGCAACUGUGGCUGUGCUUUUUGGGCGACGAUCAGUUCCGGCGUCGGCGCCAGCGUGAGGCAACUGGAAGGGGCGGCGCCAGCCGACAUGUGAACAGUGUGUCCUUAAUCGAUCAGGCUGCACGAGUGAUGUUUCCCGCUUCGUUUACGCUGUUCAACGUUCUCUACUGGCUUUGCUACUACGGCUAUCAGGGUGACUUCACGUGGGCUCCACUGAAGGAAAAUUAAAUAAAAAAAAAUAAACAUAGUAAUGAGCUUUGCCGUGAAGGUAGAAUAUCAAAAACACUUUAUGACACAUUAAAUAGGCAAACAUAUCCACGAAAGUUAUGCGUAAACUGGUAUUAUGAAAGGGUUUCAAGUAAAACAAUAAUAAUCCCCGGGAAAGAUUUCAUAGAGAAAAUUUUUAACAGAGCAACUAGUCUAGAUAAAACGAAUUCAUGACUUCGAAGGAUUAGUGAAAUCCUCUAUACAACCUCUAGCUACAAAAAUUACACAUAAUAUUUGACCACGAAACCAAAAAAAUAACGUCGAAUAUAAAUAAUUUCCCCUUUUUUCAUUUGUUGAACUUAUUCUGCAAAAAUUUUUCCACAAAGCGUGAGUAACAAGAAAAAAGGGUUUCAAACAGACAGGUUUACUCAAAAACUCAACUCGAAUAUCACCGAGCACAUAAACAGUAAAACGUUGGUAGAAAAGAAUUUCAAAUAGUCAAUUGUUAAAUGAAUCGAUAGAAUAAUAAUCUCUCUAUGAGUAUUAAACAUACACGAAAAUAAA